AUGUCGGGGCUUGACAGCAACCCGUUCGCUGACCCGGUGGACGUGAACCCCUUCCAGGAUGCCUCAGUCACACAAGCUAUCGGCGGGGUCUAUGAAACCACCGGAGAGUAUAACCCGUUCACUGCAAAUGAAAUGGGAAAGUUCACUGGGACAACCAUCCCAGUCUCUAAAGCCUCCUCAUCACAACCUGCUGUACUUCCGACUUCUGUGGAGCAAAGUCCACAAGCUACGGCAGCAGCUGCUCAGGCUAAUCUGGUCAGGCAGCAGGAGGAGCUGGAGAGGAAAGCCGCAGAGCUGGAGCGAAAGGAGCAGGAGCUGCAGAACAGGAGCAGCAGAGUCUCCAACCCAGGAGCUAAAGAAAACAACUGGCCGCCUCUUCCAAGGUUCUUUCCCAUAAAGCCGUGCUUCUAUCAGAACUUUGAGGAGGAUAUCCCAGAAGACUACCGCAGAAUAUGCAAGAGAAUGUACUACCUCUGGAUGUUCCAUAGCGCCACCCUGUUCCUCAACAUCCUGGCUUGCCUGGCUUACUUCACCGCUGACGCUGGUAAAGGUGUGGACUUCGGUCUGUCCAUCCUGUGGUUCAUCCUCUUCACCCCUGUGUCUUUCGUCUGCUGGUACAGGCCGGUUUACAAAGCCUUCAGGUCUGACAGCUCCUUCAGCUUCUUUUUCUUCUUUUUUGUUUUCUUCUUCCAAGUGGCAGUGUACAUUAUCCAAUCAGUGGGCAUUCCCUCAUGGGGAAACAGUGGAUGGAUCUCAUCAAUUAGCAUGAUUCGUACGAACUUGGCAGUUGCCGUGGUUAUGAUGGUAGUGGCUGGUUUUUUCACCGUCAACGCUGUGUUGGGUGUCAUCCUGCUGAAAAUGGUCCACUCCAAGUACAGAAAUUCAGGCGCCAGCUUCUCCAAGGCUCAGCAGGAGUUUUCCCAGGGAGUCCUGACCAACCGCACCUUCCAGAGCGCCGCCUCUAGUGCUGCCACCUCUGCUGCCACCUCUGCUGCCCAGGGGGCCUUCAGCAAUAACCAAGGGAAUUAAACUGCUCCAGAAAAUUACCUGGAGGACUCAGGCUAGUAUUUUCUAACCAGCAAGCCGUGACUACAUGUAAACAGUACGAUUAGUUGUACGGAACAGACUUUGAUCAUUUUACAGAAAUUUGCCAAAAGAACAAUCAGAAACUCACAAAAUGGCAUUAUGACGUGUAUAAAUCCUGCAUCUCAAACACAGCUAAAACAAGAAUGUUGACGCAAGCAUGCCUUGAACAUGGCCUGGUAGUUUUGACAUUUGAGACUGCCUUUUAUCAGUGUGCAAUAUGUUGUAAUGUGCAGCUAUCUGAAGCUGGUUUAAAACAAAUUAGCCAAACCAAAACGAGACCUUAAGAACAAAUCUGAUAUUGGUGUAUGAUUAUUAAUGAGUUGAUCUUCACCAUAUAGCAUCCAGAGCCUAUCCACCUUAUUCCUAGGCCCCAUUAGGCUUUGCGUGAUUUAUGGGCGCGACUUCCGGCGCAAACCGGAACCACCAUUUGUUUACAUGAUAGCAACUCGUUAACAGGUUAAUGUGUGGUUCGGUUCUAGUCCAGUAGGGGAAGAUUAUCCGUAUUACGGUCUGAAGCGCAGCAGCUGCGGUCAUUUCUCCGCUGAUUUGCAGCGUCACUCAGCAACCAGAACCUCGGGGUUCUGGUUCUGAUGGACUAAAUAAACCCAGAUAUUUUAUUUUAUCUUACAGAAAUUUAUUGCUGGCCCAAACAUAAUGAUAAAACACACUUGAUGCAGCCACUUCAUGAACUUUAUUAUUUUUUAAAUUUAAAUGAAAAAUAAAAUUCACAUCACACCAAGCUAAUAUUAUGUAGUUCUGCUGUUUUAUACUGUCGGCACAAACCUGCAGCUCAGAAGUUCUCUGCUUUUUUCCUCUUUAUUACUGUCAGUUCUUCAGAGAAACGAGCUGCUAGCUGUGCUGUUAAUUCACGGUUAUUCCGUUAUAAAACUUAACGCUGUGUUCCUGCCUCUCCCCGUGAUUAAACACAUAAUUACAAUCUUCUGUUUUAGCAGUUCUCUGAUAGCAGACAGUGUCCUUAAACAAGUUUUACUAAAUAUUGUACAACAACCGAAAAGAGAGAUGCAACUUCUAUCAUGAAUAUAGAUUAGCCAAAAACCCUACAAAUUACAAUGAAAUACUACUGCUUCCGGUGGGCGCCGGAAGUAAGACCCAUAAUCGUUUCCCCAGUAAGCCUCCCAGGAAUAAGGUGGAUAAAGUAUCAUUCUGAUCUGAGCGUUAGUACUUACAACAAACUAUGUACCAAGUUUUGUUUUUUGUUGUAAAUUUUGUUACUGUUUUUCUGCUCUCUAAAUUUGGUGUGGUUUUUUUGUUAGUCUUUUCUUUUAUAUAUGAGAUGUACGUGAGCUGAUUACUAAUGAAGGUGAUGGGAUGAAGGUUUGUCUUUGUUCGCUUUUAAUCGGCUUACUGAGUUUUGAUGGAAUGUGUUUAAAAGGGUAAAUGAAGAUGUGAUCUUUGAGGGGGCUGCUAAGUUUUUAUUCAAUAUUUACUUGUGAAGGAAAUGUCUGUUUUCAGUCAUAACUGAGCCUUCCUGUAAUUACCAAGUAAUGCAUUCAGGUUUAGUGCAAAAUUACUGAUGAAUACUAGAUGGUCUGAAAAACCAGAAUACUUACAGGGGACAUAGUAAAUAUUACCAAGUUACUUCAUGGUUACUAGGAUUUAUAAGACUUGGCAUGUAAUUGUAUAUAAAACUCAUGACUUCUAUAUUUAUGGUAUCAUGUUUGUGUCUUUUUAACUAGUUCCAAAAAAAAUUAAUAUGAUUGUAUAUCUGUGGAAGGAUUGUAUGUCUGUGGAAGGAUUGUAUUGUAGUUUCCUGUUAUGAUCAAAAUGUGUUGUACAUAUGUUUAUUUAAACUAUUUACUGGAUGGGCAUGUGUUGGAAAAUAGUUGUGUUUGAACAAGCAAUAAACAUUGAUUUAAACUAAA